UCCCCUAAAGAGACGCUCUCUGCUCGGGUGCCAAACUUCUCUGAACCCGCAGGAGACGGCGUGAUGGCGACCGCGGAGGCAACGUUACAGUCCUGGCUCAACCAGGCCACGGACCCCAACAACCAGGAGGACCGGUGGGACUGCAUCCAGGGCUUCUACCAGCUCGUGGACCGGGAGCCCGACGGGCCGCAGGCAGCCAUUCGUCUUCUUGCCCAUAAAAUCCAGUCCCCCCAGCAGAGAGAGGCUCUGCAGGCCCUGACUGUUCUCGAGGCGUGCAUGAACAACUGCGGGAAGAGGUUCCACGGCGAGGCCGCCAAGUUCCGCUUCCUCAACGAGCUUCUUAAACUCUUAACGCCGAAGUACUUUGGCGCGUGGACGCCUCAGAAAGUGAAGGACAGAGUGACCGAGGUCCUCUACGGCUGGACUCUUUGGCUAAAGGACGAACCCAAGAUUCAGGAGGCCUACAACAUGCUGAAGAAACAAGGUCUUGUUACGAAAGAUCCCAAACUGCCAGACGCCGUUAUAAUGGCGCCUCCGACGCAAAGAACCGCAGACUCUGUUUUCGACCGGGAGGACAAGGCCGCCCUGUUGGCCAGAUUGCUGAAAAGCGCUCGUCCCGAGGACCUGGAAGCAGCCAACAGGCUCAUCAAAAGCACAAUCAGAGAGGAGCAGGAGAAGGCAGAGAAAGUGUCCAAGCGCGAAUCGACCCUGGAGGAGGUGGAGAGCAGCACCAAGCGGCUCAGGGAGCUCCUGGACCGGCACGCGGCCUCCGGGGCCCCGUUCCACCCGGGCGACGAGGCGAAGGCCUUGUACGAGCGCUGUGAUGGGCUGAGGCCCAGCUUGUUCCGCCUGGCCAGCGACACGAUGGAGGACGACGAAGCUCUGGCGCAGAUCCUGUCGGCUAACGACGAGCUAACGCUAGUCGUGAGCAGCUACAAGGAGCGAGUGGGGAGGGGGGGCUGUGACAGGAGGACAAGUGCCGAGGAAACGGAGGGCGAAGGUCUCGCUCCAAAGAGUCCCACGGAGAUCAAAAGCUACCACCUCAUCGACCUGUCGGCUCUGGACUCCCCGCAGACGCACAGGAAGGCCGAUUCGCCGGCGUCCUCCGGGUCCCCUUCGCCGCCGCUUUCCUCCCUGCUGGAAAGCACCUUCCGCUCGGCAGGUGAACCGGACCGGAACGAAGCAGGGUUGGACCACCUGGCCUACAAACGGACCCCGGAGACGGCGAGUUCGUAUUAUGAGGAACUUCUGCAGUUUAAUGGAGCGAUUCAGAUGCAGCAUGCUGAGCAGAACAGAGGCGGCGGCGUGGUGCUGAGAGCCCGCGGAUGUGGCGCUGCUUCGUCCAACGGGACGAGCCUUUGUCGUCAAUUUACCGCAGAUCCGGGAUCACCGCCCAAGUCGCACAAACCACUCGGUGAAAGGUCAGAGGAGAGCUCACUGACCCCAGACCUCCUGAAAAACAUCGUCGUUCCCAUAGAAACCAUCAAGUCCGGAAACUUCGAGCCGAUCACCGUGUACGAUCACGGCGGCGUCCACGUCUCGCUGCAUUUCGCCCGGGACCCCCCGCCGGGCCGCCCCCGCGUCGCCGUGGUCGUCCUCUCCGCGGUCAACACGUCCGCCCUCCAGGUCAAAGACUUCCUGUUCCAAGCCGCUGUUCCAAAGACCAUGUCGGUGAAACUUCAGCCUGCCUCGGGGACGGACCUCGCUGCGUACAACCCUCUGCUGCCCCCCCCGGCCGUCUCCCAGGUCCUCCUGUUGUCCAAUCCACGCAACCGGAGGCUGCGUCUCCGCUACAAGCUGACGCUGACGCAUGGAGGCCGGCAGCUGAUCGAGAGCGGAGACGUGGACAACUUUCCCGACUGGACCUCUUUGGUCGGGCCUCCGGACGACGGCUCGGACUGAGCAAUUAACUUUUUACCCCGAAAACCAUGGAUCCCGAAAAGCAGAGGAUCAAGGGUUAAAAACAAACAAAAAUCCAAGCAGUGUUCUCUUAAAUGUAAGAUGAUGUGUUUUCCUGACCUCACGAAGCGUUUAUUACUCUUAGAAAGUGAGUAAACUCUACAUCGCAUGUUAAAGGUCAACUGCCGACGAUGGUAUUUACAAAAGGUAUUUAUUUGCUCUUUGAGCAUUUGUGACGUAAACAAUUGCAGAGCCUUAAGAUGUGAUGUUUUUAAUUAUGUAUUUAUGUUAAGAAUGAGGUUUUUGUAUUUGAACGUUGUAUUUGCUACAUUUGACAGCAUGAUGAAUGAAAACGUAAUGACAUCACUGACGUCCGGUUUUAUUCAAGUCGCGUUUUUAAACAGCGCGAUUUGAAGCUCGAGCAAACGGGGGGGAACGUUGAUGUUGCUUCUUCUCUACGAUUUAGAAAAAUAAAUAUUGUCAAAAAACAUUUCGCACAAACAAAUCAGGAAACACUUCUGACAUAAAUAAACUUGCCAAUAAUACGCAAAACAGGCAAAAACAGCAAUUAUUGCAGGACAAAUUUCAUUAAGUGACGUAAUAAAGUUUGAGAACAAUUAAGAUGUUCAUCAUCUCUUAACUGUCACAUGGUUAAACUUCUAAAAGUCUUGAAGCCGACGUGAAUGUUUCUUUAACCAUCUGUCAGUUCAUGUGCCACAAAUAAAUAAACACAAACUGUAACACAGUGCGCAUCAAAGCUCGUAUUCAGUCCCACCACAUGGUCCAAAUUCAAAUAAAUGAUAAAGGUAUUCAUGAAAUCUAAUUAUGCGCAAAAUAAAAAAAUAUAUAUCAUUACAUAAGCAACUGUAUAGUUCUUUGAAAAAUAAUGCCAUAGAAGUUUAAAAAGUGAAAAUAGCUUUUUACCUUUAUUUUGACUAAUGUUUGCUUUUAACUAGGGCCGGGACUUUAGCGCGUUAAUUACGAUUAAUUAAUUACAAUGUGAAUUAAGAUUAAUUACACAAAAAAUAACACAUUAAACAUUUUUUACGCAUUUUUACACUUAUUUUUUGCAAGGAAUUCACAUCGAGCCUCAAGUAUCACCUCAACGCAAAACAAUUAGCAGCUAGCGUGGACGUUAGCCCGACCCGAGUACAAGAAACAAAAAUAAAAAUCCAUGUGAAAAAAAUUACUUCUCACUGUUCUCAGGUCAAAUAUUUAUGCAAUUAAAAUGCGAUUAAUUUUGAUUAAUUAAUUACAAAGCCUCUAAUUAGAUUAAUAUUUUUAAUCGAGUCCCGGCCCUAAUAAUAUAUAUUAUAU